AUGGAGUUUAAGAGCCAAGGGGAAAACCUUUUAGGGGCUAGUGGUGCUGGUAGCAUACCUGAGAACAAUUUUCAGAUUACCACUGUAAAAUUUGAUGGGUCAAACUACCUAGAGUGGGCCCAAUCAGCCAUGAUGGCUAUUGGAGAAACAAUUGAGUCGGAAAGCCAAAAGGAUGCACAGACCUACAUAAAGCAGGUUCAAACCAAUAGGGUAUUUGAGUUUCUAGCUGGUCUGAAUUUUGAGUAUGACAUUCUGAAACAACAACUUCUAAUAAGAGACAGUGUGACCCUAUUACAAGCUUACUCUCUAGUGCAUAGUGAAGAAAGUAGAAGGAAAGUUAUGUUACGACAUUUGCUACUUGAAUCAGCCUUGGCAGCAACUAAACCCAAGUUUGGAGGGGAUAAGGAGAGAGAUAUGAAGAAGGAAGAAAAGGGGAAUGCUAAUACAGCUGUUACUACUGAUUGUGCAACCUCAUCAGGCACAAGAGCAACAUCACUAGACACUCUAGUUGCUGUCCAAGCUGCCUUGACUCAGUUGGAAAAGGAGGUUGGUAAUUCAACAUCAUCAUCUCAGCCAGUCACAACAUCAGCUCCUCCCACCUCAGCAUUUGCUCAUUCAGGUACACGGGCCUCAUCUUAUCAUGCUCCAGCUCCAGGCAAGGUGUCUAUUGUUGAUGGAUCACUUGUUCCCAUUUCUAGCAAGGGAGAUAUCAAGUUGUCUAGUGCCAUUUCCCUGUCUUCUGUUCUGCAUGACUUGGAGACAAGGAAUGUGAUUGGGACUGGCUGUGAGACAAAUGAAAUCUAUUUACUUGGAGGAAGUUCACAGUGUAUCCUAACAGAAGCAAUAUUUCAGGUUAAUGAGGGUGGAAUGUCCUUGAAACACAAACUAGAAGGUCACCGGAAGCCAGUGUUGACUGUGUCUUGGAGUCCUGAUGACUGCAAACUCCUCACCUGUGGAAUGGAAGAGGUUAUCAGAUGCUGGGAUGUAAGCUCUGGUGAAUGCCUCCUUGUUUAUGAAAAAGCUCGUCAUGGAUUGAUCUCCUGUGGAUGGUCUCCAGAUGGGAAACAUGUAUUCUCUGGUGUAUCUGACAAGAGCAUUUGCAUGUGGGAUUUGGAUGGGAAAGAGUUGGAAUGCUGGAAGGGACAGCGGACACUAAAGAUUUCAGACUUAGCCAUCACAAAUGAUGGAAAGGAGAUUAUUACCGUGUGUCAAGAAACUGCAGUCCUGCUACUUGACAGGGAAGCAAAAGUUGAGAAAUUGAUUAAAGAGGUUCAACCCAUAACUUCCUUUUCGUUAUCCAGGGACAGUAAUUUUGUACUUAUUAAUCUUCUAAACCAAGAAAUCCAUCUUUGGAGCAUUGAAGGUGAUCCUAAGCUCAUUGCCAAGUACAAGGGUCAUAAACGCACUCGAUUAGUCAUUAGGUCCUGCUUUGGUGGAUUUAACCAAGCUUUUAUUGCCAGUGGGAGUGAGGAUUCACAGGUCUGUGUCUUGUGGUUUUAUUCUGUUGUUGCUGCUUUGUUUUAG